AUGGCCCCAUCAGCCAAAAACGAAGAGCCAGAAACAUGCGCUCUCUGUCCGGGAUCUGUUCCGCCCAAGCCCGCUCGCGCAUCCGGCUCCAGCAACACGCCUGAGCUCUCCUCAGCUGAGGACGCCGAUGGCCCCGACCUGCAGUGGAUCGCGUGCCACAAGUGUAACCAGUGGUUCCAUUCCGCUUGUGUCUUCCUCUUGGAAGCGUUCAAGGAGACCAUUCCAGAUGAGCUCCGCGAGCAAGCUGAGGCGAGUGGCCAAGGCGCAUUCUUUGACUGGCCCAAGACAGUGGACCGAUGGUUCUGUAAGCCAUGUAUCGACUUUUCUUCGUCGCCAGAGAAUCCCCGUCCCCCUCGUCAGCCGUUGGUUACCACCCUCAAGAAGCCUCGCAAGGCGCGCACUACGUCUGGCUCGUUGUCGCCUGCUAAGCGUGCUCGUCUGUCGCCUGCACUUCCACCACCACCUGUUACCAAUGGUGCCGCUACGGCAGGAGACGCGCCUGCUGAACGUAGACCAAAGCGCAAGGCGGCGCUCGACAGACCUGAUUACUACAAUAUGCACCACCACAACGCCACGCCGACCAAGGGCUGGCUUGACCUCAUAAAGGACCCGGCAAAGCACGGUCGUGUAAUCAAAGAAGGUAGCCUACUCUGCAAAGAGUGGGUCGAGUCCGGUAAAACCGCCUCGGACGUGGCCGUUGGCACUUCGCACUUCCCUCCCGAGUUGCCACCCACCUUGUUCUACGGUCCUACGCGCGAGCCGCUCGUGGUUGGGCCCGAGAACGGCGGCCUUACGUCUAUGGGCGGCAUGAUCCCCGACCCAAGUCUCACAGUAGACGAUGUGUCGCGCCUCGUCGGACCAGACAAGCUGGUCGAUGUCAUCGAUGUGGCGACACAGACGUCGGCCCAGUGGCCGCUGUCCAAGUGGGCAGCGUACAUCAAGACCCGCUCUGAUCCCUCGGCGCCCGGAUCGUCCAAGGUGUACAACAUCAUCUCACUCGAGAUUUCGGGCACCGAGUUGGCCCAGAUGGUUCGUCCACCACGAAUCGUCAGCGACGUCGACUGGGUGGAGAACUUUUGGCCGUUCCCGCAAGGCAAAGAAGCGACGAUGCGGGCGGCUGCAAAGGCGGCAGAUGGGCCUAGCGACGAUGCUCCAAAGGGUAGAGCGAAGAAUGAGUGGCCAAAGGUUCAGCUGUAUUGCCUGGAUUCAUGGACUGACUGGCAUUGCGACUUUGCUGCCAGCUCGGUGUACUACUCUGUCCACACUGGCUCCAAGGUCUUCUUCUUUAUUCGGCCAACCGAGGCGAACCUGGCGGCAUAUGCUCAAUACGAGCUCCAGUCAUCCACUUGGCUGCCCGACAUGUGCGAUGAAGUACGCAAAGUUACCCUCAAAGCAGGUGAUACUAUGAUCAUCCCAGCAGGCUAUAUCCACGCAGUUUAUACCCCUGUUGACUCGAUUGUCUUUGGCGGCAACUUUGUCCACUCAUAUGAUAUCCCGACCGAACUCCGUUUGCGACAAAUUGAGAUCGAUACCAAGGUCCCGCAACGAUUCCGUUUUCCCUUCUUUGACAAGCUGUGCUGGCACGUGGCUGAGAGUUAUGUGGGCAGCCUCCGGCAACGACGCUCGUACCGCCCAAAUGCCAAGUCCGCUGAGGCCACAAGGGCGCCGGUUGAGCGUGUUCUCCGCGGCCUCGUCGUCCUUGCUCGCUUCCUCAUCGACGAGGUCAACUCCAUGGAGGACAGCAAGACCGAGGACAAGCAGCGCCGUUUAGUGUGGAACCGUAUCCCGACCCACGUCCACGACCCAGCUGGGCUCGCGCAUGAGUUGCUGUGGCGUGCAGAACAAGAGCUCCCAGAUGUGUGGGAGGACGAGGACGAGGUCAAGGUCGGGGGCGCAGGCAAGGGGAAGAAGAAGGCUAGCGGGCCCAAGGCUCCGGCCGCCAAGAGUAUGCGACUUCUCAAUCGUCCGACUGCGUCACGUACAUGGAAGUUUUCUCCAUCCCCAUGGGAGCAAGAUGACCACCCCGUCUCGCAGGCGACCACGACUGUCAUGCUGCCGCGUCCAGGCGCAAGCAAUAGUGAACCUGAGGUGGCCGAGCAGAUGACCGCCACCUACCACCAGAGCAGAAAGCGUACGCGCCAUGAGGGUGAAGAGACUGUUAUGGAGGAGCAGGACCUGGUGUUCACCGAGCGUCGUGUCAUUUGGCGAUCAAAGGUCAAGGUGGAGGACGGUAGCGGUGUCGAUGAUGCGUGA